GAUCAGCUGCGAAGAAAACCAGCCCAACAAAAUAACAAAAGCAAAAGCUUAUGUCCAAAGACAGUAGAUUUAACAGUGAUAAUUUAAAAUGCAGAGAAAUCAACGAAUCCUGGCAUAGUAAUUAUGCACUUAACACCAUCAAGGCCAAUUUAUUAUAUUUUAUAGUACAAAGUCAUAGAGAAUUUGUAAUGGGAGAUAUGAUGAUAUAAUAUGAAUUAGUACUUAAAUGUUAAGUCAAAGUCUCAGUCUGACUAGUAAAGUGAAAGUGUAAGUCGUAGCAAGUUAAAGUUAUUAGUAAGUAGGCUAGUUAGUAGUAGCCGUAGUAGUUUUUAGUAAAUAUACUACAUAGUACUAAUGUAAAAUAUUUAAUAAAAUAGUAAUUAUACUGUUACUUAGACUUAGGUAAUAAUACACUACUUAGGUAGUAAUACACUAAUUAAUUCACUAAUAAUAAUAGUAAAUAGUCUGACUCUGACAAUGAUGUGGAUGUGUUUCAGUUUUAGGUGUUCAAUUAAUAAUUUUGGCCUGUCUAUAACAUAACUUCUAUUUAGACCUUAGACUAUUAGCAUUAUUUAUUGUUCUAUUACUUAUAUUAUAUAUGAAUCACAGUACAGAUACUUAAUAUCAGCUCAAUCAGGAUGAAUACUUUCUCUACUAAUAACUAAUAGUAAGGCGUAAGGACUAAAAGAUAUAAAACUUCUUUUUUUCCUCAGUCUGGAGGAAUUUACCAGUGUGCCCCCCCAACCCCCCCCGCCAGCAAUUACCAAAUCUAAAUGAUAGCUAAUGAAGUCAUUUUUGUCACCAAAGGAGUUCACUGAUUGCUUGAUUUUCUAAGUUAGAGAAAUACCUUAGUUAGAUGUCUGGUGUUUAAAUUGUUAUAUAAUUGUUAAAUGUUGUCUUGGUUUAAAUGUAUUUAUUCAUGUGCUGAAAAUGAAUAUGUACAAUGUAAUUUUUUUUAAACAUUUUAUUGGUAUAAAUAAAGAAUCUUAUCUUAUCUUAAUUACUGCCCUGCAUUAAAUUAAGUAGGCUAAAAAUUAAAAUUGUCAACUAAUAGCCUAAGUGAAGGAUAAUUCGAGUAAAUACUAGGCUAAAUAAUUAAGUAGACAUUACUUUCACAAUAUAUUUUAAGGCCUGUAUCGUCAACUUUAUGAUAUUCUUACCCCUCCUAGCCCAAGUUACAAUAUUAAUUGUAAUGGCAAUAAUAAAUACAAAUUUUCUGAGGCUGAAGGCUACAGUGAGAGUCAGUGUAAUGAUGUUUGACAGUUCUAUUACGUAAAAACACCUGCUAAUAUUGUGAACCGACACCGUUUUUCUGACAGAUUUUAUUUAUAUUCGUUUAUUAGUGAAGUGGUUAUAACAAAUGACCUGUUUAAAUAAAAAUCAGUAAAAGAACCAAAAAAAGAAAAAAGAUUUAUAUAAAGUCAAACAAGUCAAAAGAACUUAUAUUUCCACUUGCAUCUCUGCUGUUCCCUAAUAAAGUUUACAAUGAUGCAGAACUAAAUGCAUUUUUAAUUUAUAAAAAAUUGUUCUGGGAAGGGUCUCAAAGAAUCACUUUCAUUAUCUGAUUAUAUUGGUUCAAUUGACCCCUUCCACUUAAUUAACAAAUCAGCAUUUUAAAGUUAAAAACAAAGUUGUGAAAGUCAAAGUGAGCUGAGAACCGUUUAAAGUUAGUCAGCUCUCAAAUGCACCAGCACAGCCCCAACUCAGAAUCCUAAAAAUGGUGACCUAAUUUUAAUAAUGCAUCAAUCUUUUCUAUCUCAUCAUUUAUGCAAAUUAACUUGAUUAAGUUUAUACUUUUUUUUAAGUCAUCAUAUUAAUUUCCACCAUUGUUCACUAUAAAUCCUUUAUAUUAACCACUUUUGUUCAUGGCUGGGUAGUUCUACAACAGUACUGUUGGACUAAAAAAAAUGUGAAUUACAGAAUUGACAGCAAUGGAUAAUGGAUACCUUUGCUAUUUCAGAGACAUCUAAUAUCAAAUGAAAUAAAAGAUAAUGGCAUCUGAUUCAGAAGAAAUUGAGUAUCAAGCCUUAGGAGACCAUCAUUUUAGGCCAGCUGGAUAUCAGAGGCCAGAUGAAGACGAUGAGGAUGACAGUGAGAUAAGUUUACAUGAAGAGCAAGGCUUUCUGAUCCACAUGAGCCCUGAAGUUAAUAAAAGUAUGUUAAUUUAGCUAUUAUAUUCUUAUUUCAUGUUUUAAAAUAGUUUUUUUUGGGACAGUAGUUAGAGUUGAAAUCGAUUAAUUUAUUUUAAUUACCCUUUACAUAAAGUCAUGCUUUUAUAAUUUGGCUAUUUUCAAAUAUUUCAUUAAUAAUUGAAUUGUUCUGUCAAAAUAUUUAGAUGAAAAACAAGUAGGCGUUUUAUUUUAAAGUUUGUACUGUUAAAGAAUAUCUCUAAUAGCUUUCAUGUACCAAAAAAGAACUUACAUGAGAUUUUAGAUAAGUAUGUUAAGUGUGGUUGUUCUAAUAAAAGGGAUAAAAUAUGGGAUGCAACUAAAAGUAAGCUGACCAUAAUUUUUUUUAAUGUUUACAGCUCAGUGGAAUCAUGUAGAUGACUUAGACAAAUUCUUUACAAGUGUUUAUGAAUAUCACCAACGCCAUGGGUUUCAAAAUAUGGUAUUUUCUGAGAUCCUGCAAUUAAUGUAAGUUAUGAGGAAUUUUAAACUGUUCUUUAAAAUGUCAAAAACAUCAAAUAGGGAUUAGUAACAUUAAAUUAUACAUUUUCAUUUUUGAUAGUCAAUUGUAUGCUUCUGGUUAAUUAACAAAUUGUGUAAAUUUUAAACCAGCUUUAUGCCAUUUUUUUUCAGGCAAUUUAUCUUUGUUGUGCUUUUCAUGACCUACUUAAGCUGGUGUGUUAACUACCCAGAGCUAUUUGAUGAGAUACCACACAAUACAACAGUUAAGAAAACUUUUAGUGACAUUACAUAUCCACUGGGAACAUGUAUUUCCAAGUAAGUAUUUAUUAUUCUUAGACAAGAGCAACUCAGUUGUAUGUUAUUUAAAUAUUUGAUUACUUUCAAAACAUAUUUUGCAUAGAUCAUGUGCUCAUCUCACAUUUUGAAAGAUUUCUUAAGAAGAUGUUAAAAAUUGACAAUUACUCAUAGUCUCAUUAUAAAUAGCUUUUUAUACAAAAGAAUUUAUGUUUACUAAUAAAGAACAACAGAUAGUGUGAUAUUACAGCUUAUUGUUGAUGUUAUAAAUGAACAUUUGUGAUCAGUUAUUUUCUAUUUUAUUCCUCUACUCCUCUACAGUUUUAACUUCAUUACUUGGCUUCUAUUAUUUCUCUGCUUCCUGUUUCUGAUUGGGAGAGCCAUCAAAAUGGCUUUUAAUUUCAGCAAUUACAUGAGAACACGUAACUUUUUCAUCAGCGCUCUCAACAUUGAAACGGUAUGUUUAACAUAACGGUUUGGUUUUUUUUAUGUAUGUUGUCAAAUCUGCCAAAAGUCAAUUUAAAAUUAAUGGAUAUUGUUCAGCAUGGGGAUUUUGUAAGCAACAUAAUUUUAUGCUUGUCAAUAUGCAUUGGUUCAAUUUUCAGUCUUUGAAUAUUGAUAUGAAUUAUACAAGUGUUAUUUAAGACAUAUUUUAAUUAUUUUUAUGGAAAUAAGCCGGUUUCAUUGGCUUUUCUGAAAUUUAUUGUGCAGCUUGCUCCAAACAAAAAUUAAUGCAAUCUUUGAGCACUUGUAAACACUUUUUAAAUACUAACAUAGUUAGAAAAAAAAAACUUAAUGUUGAUAUAAACAGUGAUGUAAUCAUUCUCACAAUACUAUUUCAAAUGUAAAACUUUUUUAAUUUUAUUUUCAGCGGGACUUAAGCAAUAUGACGUGGCAUGAGGUGCAGCUGCGAUUGUUGGAAGUACAGAAAGAGCAGCAAAUCUGUAUUCAUAAACAAGAACUUACGCAGUUAGGUAUGUAAGGGUACAAAUACUCUCCCAUAAAGAAAAACAUUUAGCUUACAUCUUGAUAAUUUAAAAUGGGAUUUUUUUUCAAAGAUUUAGCUCACAAGUGCUACAUAUUAAAUUUCUUGGAUACAAGUUAGCAAACCUCAUCCUCAUAAUCAUCAUCCUGAUUCAGUACCCAUUUGAGGCGAUGGUUCAUCUAAGGAAAUCUUAAUAUCACACAUCAGAAUUUUAUAAUAAUUACAUUGGAUUGCAAGAACCUGUGUGAAUCUAACUACUUACAUUAUUUUAAAAGUUGUUUUUUUCCUUCUUUAUUUCAGAUGUCUAUCAUAGAAUUCUGCGAUUUAAGAACUAUCUUGUUGCCAUGGUCAAUAAAGAUUUGUUGCCUCUCAAGUUUCGUUUGCCUUUUGUUGGAGAACAGUAAGAAUGUAAAAAGUAAUGUGAGAAUGAUAUGUGGAUUUUGUUGGCCAAUUUUGUAUGAAAGAGUUUGAAUUUUAAGUAAUGGGAUAAUGUAUACAAUUCUUAAUUGAAUUAUAAUUAAGUUUUAAACUAUCAUCCAACUCCUUUUGCUCCUAAGUUUAUAUGUAUUUCAGUCCUCUGGACUCUUAGUAUGAGAUUUUGUUUUAAUUCUUUCAGUGGAAUCUUAACACAUGGAAUGAGAUUUAACCUUGAGGUUCUUCUGUAUUGUAAGUUACUCAUUUAUCUGUGGUUACAAGCAGUUAAUAUUCUGUUUAAAUAAUUAUAUAUAUAUGUAUGUAUAUAAAUUGUUGAAGAAUUAUUCAUUUGAAAUAGUUCAUGUAUUUUUACAAGCUUAUUUAACAACCAAGCUUUUUCAUCCAUUUCACAAACACUAAAGGUUUCCAAACAAAAUAAUUCUGAAGAAGAAAAUUAAAAUUCACAUCUCAAAUUAUUUUUUUACCAACUCUAUGAUUUACAUCUAUCACAAACUCGAUGUCAGAGCUCACUGUUUGCCUGUCUUUAUUAAGUUUUGUAGUUACAAUGUAUAUUUCUGGGCCAGGGAGUUGUGAUUCAUAGAUUUUUCUUUCAUUGAUUUUUUAGGGAGUCCCUGGUCUAUAUUCAUCAAUAGUUACACAAUGAGAGAAGAGUACAAGAGCCAACAGAAGAGAAAGCAGCUGGCCGAGAGGUUGGCAUAAUUAAUUUCCCUUUAUUUAAAUGUGAAUCAAAUUCACUUUUAUGGCUAUUGGUUAGUUCUUAAAAAAUAGUCAACAUUUUUAAAAUAACAGAUUGAGAACAUUUAAAUCAAAGUUCCAAUUUGUCUUUAGCAAGUAAGUUUUAAUCCUGAUCAUAAAAAAAAAAUAACUUUGUACAUGUUUUCCAUACAGACUAGUGAUCAUUGUUUUUGUGUGGAAAGUCUGUUUUAUAUUAACAAUAAUAAUAAUAACAUAUAAAAUAUAACUAAGGAUUGAUUCUCUGUAAUUAUAUUAAAUGCUUUUUUUUUUUUGCUUCCCAGAUUUUCAACACACAUCCUUAUGUUGGCUCUUCUCAACCUUGUUUUAUGUCCCUUUAUCUUUUUCUACCAAAUUAUUUACUUUUUCUUUCGAUAUGCUGAGGUAAGAACUUAGUAUUCAAGUAUUAGAAUUAUACUCAUGGGAUCUAGAAGGGUUAAAUGGAAAGAACAGCAUUCAUGUUGCAGUCUUUAUUUUGACUUAUUCUGAUUAUAGUUAGCUAUGUAGCUAGUGUUGAUUGCAAGACUAGUAUAAGUUAUUGAUAAUGUUAAAAAAGCAUUCUCAAUCUGAAUACUAUUUUUUAAGUUUGUGAAACGUUCCCCAAGUUUUCUUGGAACAAGGCAGUGGUAUGUAGAAUUAGUUAUUUUUAUACUUAAAUUGUUAGUUUUUUCUUCUCUGGUUUUGAUUUAAGUUAAUGGCAAAUUAUUUUCUGUGUAGAAAAAAAUCUCCAAGACCUUUUCAAAUUUACAUUUUUUUUUAAAAAAAGGUGUAUGCUACCACAAUGUGUUAUCAAAUUAAUUUAUUUGAUUUUCAUUUUUUUUACUUGCCAUUAUUAAAAUACUUAGUAUGGCUUUUAAAAUUAUUUUUUUUCACCAAGGGCUAAUUAUGGUCGACUCUACCUCCGCCACUUCAAUGAACUGGACCAUGAACUAAAUGCAAGGUAAACUUCUAUACUAUGCAGUCUUCUAACAAAACUAAACAUCUUUCACUUGAAAAACUAUUUGAAGAAAUAUUUUUUGUAAAACCAAACACAGCUCACGACAUCCUCGGUAAACAUCGACCAACGCAAAAACCAUGGGUGACAGCUGACAUACUUGAUCUGUGUGAUAAACGGAGGCAGUUAAAGAAAACAAAAAUGGUAAAUACAGAGUGGGCCAUUAAAUAUAGGACAGUUAAUCAAGCUAUCAAAAAAGGUAUGAAAAGGGCAAAGAAGAACUGGAUUGAAGAGCAAUGCUACGUCAUUGAAAAUUGCUUGAAGAAAAACAAUAGCAAAAAGGCUUACCAGUUGGUGAAAGAACUAACCACUGCAAAACAAGGGCGUAGUACUACCAUACAGGAUAAAAAUGGUAAAUGUUUGACCGAAGAAAAUGAUAUCAUCAAACGAUGGACUGAAUACUGUUCAGAGCUUUAUAAUGAAAGUAUAAAGAUAGACCCAGAGAUAGACAAUGAUAACUACCCUAUUCUCCACUCAGAAGUAGAAGCAGCAGCCCAGGCACUCCAAACAGGAAAGGCCGCAGGAGUGGAUAAUAUCCUUGCCGAGUUGAUGAAACAAGGAGGAGAAGUAAUGAUAAGGGCCCUAUUCAAUAUUUGUAACAAAAUAUGGCUUACAGGAGAAUGGCCCAAACCAUGGUUCCAAUCACUCAUCAUCACCCUCCCCAAAAAAGGUAACUUACAGCUAUGCCAAAACUAUCGCACAAUUAGCCUAGUAAGCCAUCCAAGCAAGGUCAUGCUGAAGAUCAUAUUGAACUGACUAAAACCAUAUGCCGACAGAAUCAUUGCUGAAGAACAGGCGGGCUUCAAACAAGGACGGGGCACUACUGAGCAGAUUCUAAACCUCCGAAUACUAUGUGAGAAAUAUGCUCAACACCAACAAAACCUAUACCACGUCUUUGUUGACUUCAAGAAAGCAUUUGACAGGGUUUGGCAUGCUGCUUUAUGAAUGAGGCACUACAACAUCAACACAAACCUAACCAUCAUGAUAUGCGACCUCUAUGAUAAGGCCACCAGUGCAGUCUUCCUCAACAACAACAUCGGAGAAUGGUUCAAGACCACGGUUGGAGUACGACAAGGCUGUCUGCUUUCCCCCACCCUGUUCAACAUCUUCCUAGAGAGAAUUAUGUCAGAUGCUCUGGAAGCGCAUGAAGAGACAGUCAGCAUUGGUGGCAGAACAAUCACCAACCUACGCUUUGCGGACGACAUAGACGUGCUGGCUAGGAACGAAGAAGAGCUAGCCGACCUGGUAAAGCGUCUCGAUAAGACCUCGUCGUCCUACGGCAAGCUAAUCAUUGCCAAAAAGACAAAACUGAUGACAAAUAAUACCUCAGGCAUCACCACUGAAAUUAAGGUCGGGGAGGAAAGAUUAGAGACUGUCAGCCGCUUCAAAUACCUAGGAGCAAUAGUCUCAGAAGAAGGCUCCAAGCCCGAACUGAUGUCCAGGAUUGCGCAGACUACAACAGCACUAAAAAAGCUCAAGAAAAUAUGGAAUGACAAAAAUAUAGCCCCCAGCACCAAAAUCAGGCUGAUGUGCUCAUUAGUCCUCUCCAUUUUCCUGUGUGCCUGCGAAUCCUGGACAUAAACAGCAGAUCUUGAAAGGAAAAUAAAGGCGAUGGAGAUGAGAUGCUUCAGAAGCAUUUUUGGUAUCUGCUAUAGGGACCAUAUCUCCAAUGAAACAGUGAAAGAAAGGGUUCAUCAGGCAAUUGGGGAGUACGAUGACCUACUGUUGACUGAAAAAACGCAAAUUACAAUGGUACGGCCACGUAACAAGGAAACAAGAGCUUGCAAAAGAAAUAUUGCAGGGCACCACAAGAGGAGGGAGAAGAAGAGGAAGACAAAGAAAAAGGUGGUAGGAUAACAUCAAAGAGUGGACAGGACUAACACUGGGCGAUUCAGUGCGUAGUGCUGAAGACAGAGAGGAAUGGAGGAGGAUGGUUCAUAUGUCAUCUGUGGCGCCUCAACGGUCCAAGGACUAAGGGACAGGAGGAGGAGGAAACACAUUUUGGAUGACACCUCCCACCCUCUUCAUCACAGAUACAUAGGAUCGGCCCAUUUGGGGCGAAUUCUUUCCGUCAGGGCGAGGACUGAAAGAUAUAAAAAUUCUUUUGUUCCCUAAUCUGUACAAAUUUACCAGCGUGCUCCCUCUGAAGUCACAAAUCUUAAUGAGAACUAAUAAGUCCCUGAUAUGGCUAAGAGAACUCACUGAAUGUCUGUUUUUUUAUAUUUUUUUACUGGUGAAAUAAUGUAUUAUAAAUGUCUUGUGUUCAAAUUGUUUUAUUUAUGUGCUGAAAAUGUACAAUGCAAUCAUGAAACAUUUCCAUUUGUUUGGAUCAAUAAAAGAAUCUUAUCUUAUCUUCAAUUACAUGACAGAGAAUAGGGCUCAGAUCACUUAAAUAGACAAACUAGUAAUUAAAAGUGUUUCAAUUUACUUAAUCAUAUUUUUGUUUAAAAACUAAAUUACUUUCUUUUAGGUUGAACAGAGCUUACAUUCCUGCAAAAAUGUAUAUGAACAGUUUUACUUCUGCUUCACUGACAAUCUUGGCCAAGUAAGUCUGUAUCAGUAAAAAGACACUGAUACAAAACAUCAUUAUUGGGUAUAACACGAUCCAAGUAUAAUGCGAACCCCUAAGUGUUUGUUUAAAAAGUCCUAAAAUGCCAUCUCCACUUAUAAUGUGAUGUAUUAAUUUUGUUCCAUAGCCAUUAUUAAUAAUAAAAUUGGACUUAAUGAAAGAUAUAUUUAUUCUAAAAUAAAAAUGUCAAACUACUUUAAAUUAUUAUAGUAAAUAAAAUGAAAUACCAAUACAACUAUGCUAAUAUCCUGUCAAGAGGACCUACUUACAUUACUUGCUUUAUGCAUAGAUACGAUGCAUUCUUACUAUUCGAAUGCAAGUAGGUGAAGUAAAUCUUGUCGCAUUGGCAUAAGCACAUAGAGUUUUAUAAAAAAUUGCUUGAAGAAGCAUGUACCUAAAAUGUGAAUCCCUAACUUUAAGUAUCUUUUUAACCAUACAUUUCUCGCAUUAUACGGGGUAACAUACAGUAAGUUAAUGGAUCCAUUUUUUUGUCCAGGUAUGCUGCCUUCUUUACUGGUGCCCCUGCAGCUGUCUUAUUUGUUCUGGGGAUUCUAGAUUUCAAUGAUGUAACAAAAGUGGAACAUCUCUUUACUAUAGCAUCUGUGUGUGGUAAGUUGUACCUGGCAAUAGCAACCUGACAUUAAUUAUUCUUUUGUCUGUCUGUCGGUUGAACUAAUAUUAUAGAUAACUUUAAACACAUCCUAUUUAUUUUUUUAGGGCUAGUUAUUUAUACAGUUUGUUUUCUUAUAGGUAUGGUGGCUACAAUUUGCUCAUCUCUAAUACCUGAUGAGGUAAGAUAACUGCUUCAUUACUGGCGGUCAUAUUAUUUAUUUUAAAGUUUUGCGAGUUUUUAUAUUUAUUAGUUUGUGGUGUAGUGUUGAGGAUUUUUUAAUUUUAAGAUAAUAUAUUAAUUAUGUGUUGCUCUUUAAUUAUAUCACAGAAUGAAGUUUUCUGCCCUGAACGACUGAUGAAAAGUAUAUUAGCCCAAAUACACUAUAUGCCAGAUAAUUGGAAUGGGCGUGCUCAUACAUCCUUUGUUAGAGAUGAGUUUGCCAUGAUGUUCCAAUAUAAAUUGGUAAUUAAUCAAUAAAAUUAUUUGACUCGGGUAAAUUUAUUAUUAUAUGUUUAUAUGAUAUUCCGGGUACUUUUAAAAUUUUAAUUUAUUUUAUGUUUUUUGGGGCAAACUGCUUUUGUAAUAUAGCCAAGGAAAACAUAUGCCCUUGAAAUGUAAUUAUGAAUGUAAGAUUACAUCAAAUCAUGUUUUCUAUGAAAUUUUUCUCUCAUUUUUCCAUUUGUUUCCUCUUCUCCAAUGUCUAUAUUUCUUAUUUAAUUACCUAUUACUUAAAUUACCAUGAUGUUAAAUUUAGUAAUGAAAUUAGAUGGGUAUAUUUUUAAAAUUUAAAACCAAAAGUUUGUAUAAAUCACAGUCAAAGCUGGUUUACAAAAGGGCUUGUUUUUUUAAUUUUAAAUAACUUGAUUAAGACAUAUAUAAAUUACUAUCUUGUAAAUUUAAUGAUACAUCAUUAUUUUGUGUUGUUUCUUAACACUGCAAAACAGGUUUACAUAUUGGAAGAACUACUAAGUCCACUAUUCACGCCUUUCUGGUUGUUGUUUUUGUUGCGACCCAAAUCUAUUCAGAUUGUGGAUUUCUUUAGGUGUUUUACUGUGGAGGUUGCAGGUGUUGGCGAUGUUUGUUCUUUUGCCCAAAUGGACAUAAAGAAACAUGGAAAUCCCCAGGUUUGUUGUUUAGAUAAGGAUAUUUAUUUUAUUGUAAUGAAACAAUGCUGCUGCUUUAUCGUAACGAUGACUAAUUGUUUUGAUGUUUUCAGCAGCUUUUAGCUACACAAACAUUUUGUGCAAAUAAGAAACUGUUAAGGAAAUAUAACUAUGUCAUAACCUUUUUCUUUCUUUUUUUUUUAUAUGUGAAAUACAGUGCAUUUCUUUCCUCAGUGGACCAAAACUGUAGCUCCCAAUGACCAAACUUCCAGAGCAAUGCAAGCUGAAAAUGGGAAAGUUGAACUUUCCCUCAUGCAUUUUACUGUAAGUCUAUAUCAAAACAUCAUCUCAUUUGAAUUCUAUAUCUAUAUAUAUUUAUAAAAGAACACACAGUGCAAUUCUGUUUAUUAAAUAAAUAGUCUCACAGGAAAUUAAUUAUUCUAUUUACAUGAAUGUUUUUUUUUUUGGGGGGGUAGUAUUGUCAAUAAAAUAUAUUAGUUCAAAAUCAAUAGAAUAAGACAUAUUUCACACACCUUUAAUAUUAGUUUACUAAUGUUCAGUAAGAAAAUCAGAGGUUGAGGAUUUCAGUAGUAAAUUUUAGUCAAAUAUAUUUUCAAUAUUGAUUAAAAAUAAUUGUCUAUCUUGUAUGAUUGUUGCAGACGACAAACCCAGAAUGGAAACCACCACAAGAAAGUAAUAUGUUUAUUACUGGCAUUAAAAAUGAAGGUAUUAACAAUAGCAGACUGCCUUAUAACAAUGCUCAAAUCUUCAAUUAAUCAACCCACACAUUUUUCUCAGAUUUGGCCAAUUAUAAAUAAUAUAAAUGAAAAGCCUUACCCAGAGCAAAAUAGUGUUUUACUAAAGCUCAGGAACAGAAUGUAUCUGCCUGGUUCGUUUUUUAGUAGACUGUCAAUGUUUAACUCAUUAAAUAACAAUUAUAUUUUUUUUUUAAGAAACCAAAUUAUUGUAGUUCUAUCAGACAAGAGUAGAAGCUAAGUUUUAGCAAAAAAUCAUCUAUCAGCAAUCAAAUUUUUUGGUCAGAUUUUUACCAGGAGACUCCAGCUGACAAUUUACCAUUUCUGCAGUCUUCCACCUUAUUCUUCAUUUGAAUUAUAUAUUUCUUUUUAUGCAAAAAAAUGAUGUUACUUCUUUAUAAAGGCGAAUAUAUAAAAGCAAAUUAUAUGUACCAAAAUAAUUGCUUGAGCCAAAUCUCCUGCUGGAUUGUUGCAAGUGUAUUAUCUCCAUUAAUCUCAUCCAUAAUUUGCCAAAUCUCUACUUGCAGUUCAAAAAGAGUUACCUGCCCUGACAAGUAUCAUAGCUGAUCCCAUCAGUCUCCCUAGCCUUGGCUAUGUUAACCCUAUCGCACCUUUAUUUGCUGUAAGUAGUCUCUAUCAGAGUCCAUAUUAACUAACUAAGCAUUAAAAAAAAAACCUCCUUUAAUUCUUUAAUGUAUUCCAUUCAUAAAACUUGAGUUUAACAUCCAUACACUAUAAAUUAUUUGAAAUGUCAACCACCAUUUGGUGGUUUAAGUUAUAAAUAUUGUUUAAGGAAUUGGUAAAGUUUGUUUUUUUUAAUUUAAAAAAAAUCUGCUGAAAAUCUGUAUUUAUUAUUAUCCUUCUUUUUACAUUUUUCAUAUCGAUAUGUUAAAUUACAAUAAGAACAUAUUUACUUAAUCAUUGUUUGUGUUUUCAAGGUCUCUGAACACAGAAAAUUUUUUGUAACUUGUUGAUUAUAAAAUUAAAUGAGAUUUAUUUCACUUAUGGUCGUCUUUUCCCGCAACAACUAAAUCCUGCUCGUCAGGGACUGCUGUAAUAACAAAGUCAGGUCUCUUACCUCAAUUCUUUGGGAGCAUUAACCUGAACUUAAGAUUUAACAUUUUUUUCCACAACUUCUUAUUAUAAAUAAUUUUUACAAAGCUUAAAAUUAAAAAAAUAUUUCAUAACAAUAUAUUUUUCUGUGUGUCCAGAUGGGCUCAAGUAUGCAUCACAGUUCAGCCUACCAGCAAGAUCCGGCAACUUCUCUAAGUUCUUUCCCUGGACAGUCACCCAGACUUAGGGGAGGACUUUCCCAUUUUGAUGGACCUAUCCCCUCUUCCACAAAUCUUACAACUAGUUUGACAGGGUCUGACUCAUUCCAUUCUGGCAACUUCACUAUGGGUGCUUUAGAUGAAGGCCAACGAGAAUUACUCUCUGGAAACAUGAGCCUUAGUGUGCUUCAUAUCCAUGAUGCCCACCAUCGUCAACGGCAUUCAGACUUCAGAUCUCGUAAGCAGACCAAUGAGCUCCCAAGUGAGCAACAUGAAACUCAGUUCUCUAACACUGCAAGUAUAUCAAGGCCACAAUUUUCUUUUACGCAAAGACAGCAGCUCCAAAAAAACUUUAGCCCUGGAUCAAAAGCUGCAGUUUUAACAAAAAGGGUAGACCAAGACUUUUCAGCAGAUUCUGUGAUACAAAGUCAGGCUGAGAUACAUAGACUAACAAUGUCUUUUGACAAUGGACAAAGUGUAGCACCCUCCCAGUUCCACCACCCUUUGUUACAGGACUCAGAUGACAUGUACCUUACAUCCGAUUUCUCCAGUCUGCCACCUCUGACAACUCCCGAGCUCCCUUUUGUGCGUCCAGUAAGUGCUGCCAGCACUCCUUCACCUGCCGUGACUCCUAGUGCAAUCCUCAGCUCCAGACUUGUGACUGACCACAUGCCAGAGAUUAAAGAAGACAGCAUUGAGCAUGAGCUGGACACAUCUAGCUCACCUAAAUAAGGUCAAAUCACAAGGAGAGCAACUUCACCUCAUCUUUGAUAUCCAUUUAGUGAUCAGAUUUAUGUGCUAUGUAAUGUAAACAUUUUCAAUACUGGUAGUAUUUGUGAAGCACUAAAGUUGUUGUUUAUUUUUAAUCAUAAAAUGAAAGUGGUAAGUGUGAUGUGGUGAAAUAUCUGUGUUUGGUUUGGUUUCUGCUAUAUAAAUCAUAUUCUCUGUAAUACAUAAUGGACAAAUAAUAUUGAAAUAAUUUGAUAAUUAUUUUUUUUUAAACCUUAAUUUUUAAAAUUUAUCUUUGCAUCAGUUUUGGACAUAAUACAAAUGCUUCAUUAAUUUUAACAUAGAC